AUGAAAGCGAGAGAGAGGAUGCAUCUGUUGGACUCCAGGCUUGCAGUCGGGACUUACACAACUCUGUGGGAGGAUGGGACCAGCGGCAUCCCUCCAUCGUCUUCACCUGGCCUGGCCUUGCAACCCACUGAGCCGGCUCCGCAGAGCAGCCAUUACUGCCAUUCCCAGAAGGGUCCUGGCAGUCACUGCGACCCCAAGAAGAGGGCCUGGCGGCAGCUCUGUGUGGCUUCUGCCUUCUGCCUGUUGUUCAUGAUUGGGGAAGUCAUUGGUGGGUACCUGGCACAUAGCUUGGCGAUCAUGACAGAUGCAGCCCAUAUGCUCACUGACUUUGCCAGCUUGCUUAUCAGCCUCUUCUCCCUGUGGAUGUCUUCCCGGCCAGCCACCAAGACCAUGAACUUUGGUUGGCAUCGAGCUGAGAUCCUGGGUGCCCUGUUCUCUAUGCUGUCCAUCUGGGUCAUGACGGGGGUGUUGGUGUACUUGGCGGUGGAACGGCUGAUCUCUGGAGACUAUGAGAUUGAGAAGGAGACUAUGCUGAUCACGUCGGGCUGUGCUGUGGUCAUGAACAUCAUAAUGGGGUUGAUUCUUCACCAGUCUGGCCAUGGACACAGCCACAACCCCGAGCACGGCCACAACGCCAGCCAGGAGCAGGGAAGCCCCAGUGUCCGAGCUGCCUUUAUCCACGUCAUUGGAGACUUUCUGCAGAGCUUGGGUGUUUUGGUGGCAGCCUUUAUUUUAUACUUCAAGCCAGAGUACAAGUUUAUAGACCCCAUCUGCACCUUCCUGUCCUCCAUCCUCGUCGUGGGGACAACCUUGACCGUCCUGAGAGAUGUGAUCCUGGUGCUGAUGGAAGGGACCCCCAAGGGCGUGGACUUCACAGCCGUGCGGAAUCUGCUGCUGUCCAUGGAGGGCGUGGAAGCCUUGCACAGCCUGCACAUCUGGGCGCUGACUACGGCCCAGCCUAUCCUGUCUGUCCACAUCGCCAUUGCUGAGAACGCAGAUGCCCAGGCUGUGCUGAAGGCAGCCAGCAACCGCCUGCAGGAGACGUUCCACUUCCACACCAUGACCAUCCAGAUCGAGGACUACUCUGAGGACAUGAAGGACUGUCAGUCAUGCCAGGGCCCCUCAGACUGA